AUGGAUGCCGUCAUUCAAGAGUGUGUGGCAGAGCACAAGGAGUUGCUUCAGGUCCAUGACCACUGUCCUGAACGGGCAUAUGUUGAAGUGCAAGUCCCUGCAGAUGCCAAGAAAGUUGUAGCGGUCACUUUCACCGCAGUAUCGCAUGAUCAAGGUUGGGCGAGCAAGCAGGAAGAGCCAUCAUUCACAUGGUUUGACGCUUCAGUCAAGCGCCCAGAAGGUCGAGGAGAUCUACGCACCAUCACCGUCUUUCACAAUCGCCUGGCAAACAAAGAAUUCUUUGAGCUCAAUACGAGGUGGCACCUUCGCGAUGGACCUCGUCGUCGACUCUGGAUCGAAGCCCUCCGCCCUGGAGAUGUUAUUCAACUCAUUCCUAGAGCAAUCUACACAGCUUGGGUGAACAUCGUCAAGGAAUGUCGGAUCAAAAUCGAAUAUGAGACCAAGACCAUACACGAAGAGCUCGAUGAGCUACACUUAUUUUCCAACAUUGAGCAUUACAACACAUUUUUGAGCGUCAACGACCAAGAAAUCCGACUUCUUCACGUCGAACCAGGCGAAUUUGACGAUCCCAUCAAGGCAUACUUCAGUCAAGCCAGCCUUAAUGAUGCUGAGAAUAGAUCUCUCAGCUUUGAUGCGCUUUCAUAUUGCUGGGGAGACGUCACAGACCGUACCGACAUUUUCCUGGCCCCCGACAAAGACGACGUGAAGCUUGACGGUGCCCUCCAACGGUUCAGUGUCGGUCGAUCAGCCGCCGAGGCUCUUCGACGGUUGAGAAAAAAGCAAGAGAUUCUGACAAUCUGGAUUGAUGCUGUUUGUAUCAACCAAGAUGAUCUCGAAGAGAGAGCUCAACAAGUCACGCUCAUGAGCUCUAUCUACUCGCUCGCCUCGACCGUACACAUUUGGCUUGGAGAAAACAACGUCGGCGUCGAAACCUGCCUUGGACUCAUUCGAGAUAUCUGCAACUACAACAGCCGUCAAUGUCCUGGUGGUGAUGGCUGUUCAUGCUCAGGCACUCCUCACGGUUUGUCCUUGGAGGAGAUGGAUGCCCAUAUGGACGCCCAAAAGAAGGAGAAAAUCCCAAUCUCUUUCCAGAGCAUGUGGGAGGUCUUUGACAUUCAUGAAAAGAGUUGGUCAAGAGAAAUCAUCGAUCUUGCGGGCUGGUACGGUAACACACAACUGUCUUUCCUGAUGAGCACGCUUUUCGAAAAUCCCUGGUUCACUCGAGUAUGGGUAGUUCAAGAAGCCUUGUCCGCGAAAAAGGCUUUGGUACACUGUUCAGGUGAACAGGUCCUCUGGGAAGAGCUUUUGCAGGUGAACAGUUGGCUAGGAGAUCCGCGUUUCCGAGGACAGAGUCCGCAUAUCAUGUCACAAGCCAUCAUGCAACCGAUUUGGAAAUCGUUGAAGCCAAAAGGGAGAACAACAGAGACUCCCAUCACUCCAGUGGACGCUGAAGAUACAGGGAAACUCUCUGGAAUCUUUGAUGUUUUCUUUGCUGGACUGGACCUCAAAGCAACAGAUCCCCGAGACAAGCUCUUUGCUCUGCUAACCUUUGCAGACGAAACUCAUGUGGCGGAAGACCUGGAUGACUUGAUCCGCCCCAACUAUGACAAACCCGCCGAACGAGUCUUUGCUGACUUCACUCGCUGGUGGAUCCGAGAACAUGACUCACUCGCCAUCUUAUCCGCUGUUCAUUGCCACCCAGCUCGAACAUGGAGAAGAACUGUUGGGUCAGAUUAUCCCGAGAUGGAGCCUAACAGACCAACUUGGUCUGUAAGCACAAUUGGAAACUCGAGAUGGGUUCAAGCAAAUCUCAACGCUCGCUUCAAGUUUUCGGCAGGCGGCAAAACGAAACCCAACAAUGAUCUCCUCAAGACCUCUAAUCCUUUGAUCAUCCGACUAUCAGGCCACUACGUCUCCGAGAUUGCUGCCAUCAGCCACUACCCCAUCGAGUACCUCUACCCCUUUGCCCACGACAACGGAGAGCAAAGCGACAUAUGUGCAGUUUUUGACAAGCUCUUUGAUCCAUGCGGAUUCACAGGUCUCUGGACCCUUAAGCCCAACGACGAGACUGUUGAAAAGGCUCGCCACAAGUAUGAGGAUCAUGUCAUCGCCCACUGGAACUAUGUCAGAAGGCCAAACCUGCAAGUUUUGACGCCAGCUGGUGCGCCAGAGUUGGAGAGGCACGAGACAGACUUCGUUCCUACGUGUCUUGAUCCUUGCUUCUUUGUCGCCGAAAAUGGACAGUAUGGGCUGUGUCCUUGGCCCUCAAAGGUGGGAGAUGUGAUUGUGGUGUUGCAUGGUGGAAAUGUGCCGUAUCUGCUGCGGCCGGUUAAGAAUGAGGACGGGUCGAGUGGAGGGGGUUUUGAGUUUAUUGGUGAAUGUUUUGUGGAUGGAAUCAUGCAUGGGGAGUUUCUGCAGUCUUUAGGGGGUAUGGCGGAAGCACAUGAGGUUUUUGAUAUUAUCUAG